AAUACAGCAGAAACCUGUCACAGCAAAUGUUUCAUACGCGCAGAUAGCUAGCACUUCAAAAGUCGAUCCAAAAUCACCUCAACCAAAGGGAAACAAAGAAUCGAUUACUCUUAAUGAUAUUCUAGUUGCGUUAACCAACAUAACGCAGACACUAACAAAUAUCACAUCAAGAAUGGACAAACUGGAAAUAAACCAGAUAAAUUCUAAAAAUACCUCGCAGAAAAUAAAAGGAAUGAACAGUACACUGUGAAUCAUUACGUAUAACGACAAUGGGUUAGUACAGCGAGACAAGAAAUUGAAGACCUUUUACACAGUGAAAACAUUGACAUAGCCCUUAUUUCAGAAAUUGACUUCAUAACAUAGACCUUUCUUAAGAUAAGGAAUUACAGAAUAUAUACGACAAUUCAUCCUAGUGGUAGAGCUCGGGUUGGUACUGCUGUAAUAAUAAAGGAGUCCAUAAAGAACUAUGAACUCGAAAAAUACUUUGUAAAUCAUAUACAAGCAACAAGCGUCAGCGUUAAUGAUGGGAAUAAUGAUCUCACCAUUGCUGCAAUUUAUUGCCCACCACAAGGAGGUGCAGAUGAAAUUAAGUUCACUGAAUUUCAUACUUUGGGUUCUGAAUUCAUUGUUGGAGGUCAUUAUAAUGCCAAGCAUACUCACAGGGGAUCGAGACUGAUCACCCCAAAGAGAUGA